UUCACAGUACAAUGUUUCAAUCUAUUGGAAGAACUCAGAUAAUAACAUAAUAGAAUAUUUAGUAUUCACACGUGUUCUUCAAUGUCUGUUAUUCCCUGACAACAAAGUCAUCUACAAAAUGUCCCAAAAGUCGAAAACGUCCAGUUUAGCCGAUAAAAUAAACAGUUUGAUAACAGCAGUACCUGAUAAUUUUGGGUCUGACGAUGAGGCAGAGGAGACACGGGCUCAAGUCGUCGACAGAUACGAGGAGUCAGACAAUGAUGAUCAGGUUGUCACGUCCUCAAUUCGUAAACAAAAUAUCAAUUUGCUAGACGAAGGUGACGAGAGAUACAAAGGAAGAAAGGUCUCACAAAAAGAGCUUUACGAAGAUGAAAGCAGCGAAGAUGCUGAAGAAUCCUCAAAUGAGAUACAUUCUGAAGACUCAGAAGAAGAAGAAGAUGAUGAGAACACAAGCGAAGAAUCUGCACAUGACGAUGAGGAAAGUGAUGAGGAUGAUGAUGAUGACUCGGAAGUGGAUGAGGACAACCCCCUACGUAGGAGCCGUGAUCCAUCCCUCCCCUUCCGAGGCAUGAGCUCGGCCAACCUCCAGGGGGACAUCGAGAGAGGUCACGCUGUGAGGGAACAGCUCAAGAUGUGGGAGAAUAUUCUGGAGAUGAGGAUUCAGUUACAGAAGUGUCUGGUAACCAGCAAUCAGCUGCCUCAGUUCGAUGUGCACCAGCAAUUCACUGCUGACAAGCAUUUCGCGAAGAGUAAAAAUGAGACGACGUGUAAAUUAACGCGGAUGUUGCAGAACCUCUUGGUGAUGCAGGAGAAAUUGUUGAGGAAUAAUCCUGAGACAAGGAGUUUACUAUCAAGAGAAAAUGAUGAAGGGAGGAGGGAGAUCGCAGAGGACCCCAUGGACGAGGAAAUUCCUUCUGAUGAGGAUGAGGAUGUGGGUACAGAUGAAGACAAAGAAGAGGAUGAGAAGUCAGAAGAUGAAGAGGAAAAAUCUGAGGAGCCUCCCACGAAGAAACUACGGACCCUGAAUGAUUAUGAAAACCUUCUCCACGAACGUCAUGACAAAUUCAAGCCCUUUAGAGAUUCAGUCAUUCAGAAAUGGAACGACAAAACCAGACUGGCAUCUGGGAAUACAACAAGAGGAGCCACACAGCCAGUGGUCAAACAGAUUGAGUAUCUACUCAACGAUAAACCGAAGCUGAUAAAACGUACGCAAUUAAAACGAUCAGAGUAUGAAAUCGUUGGAAAGGAUUCGCCGGAUGAUGCUGAUGAGGAUGGCAGGCGAAUCCAGGAGUACGACCCAGAGAUUUACGAUGACGAUGAUUUUUAUCAUCAGCUGCUGAGGGAGCUGAUUGAGCAGAAAUCAGCGGACCUUACCGAUCCCAUUCAGUUGAGCAAACAGUGGAUUCAGCUGCAAAACAUGAGGAGCAAAAUGAAGAGGAAAAUUGACACGAGGGCCACAAAAGGGAGAAGGAUAAGAUAUAAUGUACAUGCGAAGCUAGUCAACUUCAUGGCGCCUAUUACUGUUGAUGACACUUGGUCUGAUCUCGCUAAAAACGAGUUGUACAAUUCUUUGUUUGGGAAGAUUAAGGCGGCGGAGAGUUCUAUAUGUGAAUCUAAUCGAGAUUGAAUGGAGUUAAUAAAAUUGUUUUUACUGAGA